UGAAAACAACCUUGAAAAAAAGCCAACACCAAAAACCAGUCCAAAAUCCAGAUCCCCAACUUUAAAAACUAAACUCACGGCAGACGAAAAAACGAAACUUAAAGCCAUUUUCGAAGAUCUAGAUCCAAAAAACUUUUGGUAUCUAAAAUCAACAAUCUCUGAACCAAAUCAAAAAGCCAAGUCUGUGGAAGAGCGUAUGAUAAAAUUUGCUCUUAAUUGUAAUUACUAUCAUCCAAGUCAACAACUUAUACUCGAUCUUACUGAUUCCAACUGGGACGACAUAUUCACCAAGGCAGAAAGAAAAGAAAUCGAAGAUGCUGGAUGCAAACUAUUAAGACCAGUGGAUGUGUCAUUGACUCGACUACUAGGUGAAUUAUAUAAAAAGAAAACAGCAAAAGAAGCAUUUAAUUUUGCACGUACAAUCGAACUUGAUCCUGAAGAUGAGCCUAUUCUCGCAUGGUUAUCGACAUCCGUCCAAAACACUGCUCUUCUUUAUCUCAAGAAAAAUAAUUUCAAUAUCCAAAAUUACCUCGAAUCGGAUAAGAUGUAUUAUCUCUGGAGUUUCUUGAAUAAGAUCUAUGAUGCAUCGGACGACAUUGCUGCCCUUGGGAAGGAGAAACACAGUACUGCAAGUGCAUCAGCAACAAACCAAAAACGAAAAUUGUCGGCAGUAGACCCCGUGGAAAAUUUAAAAAUGGGAAGAAGAACUGAUACAACCUAUAUUGGAGGAAACGGUGUUGAACUAGGUUGCUUGGAAAUUGGUAGAACAAACGAUCAAACUAAAGAGUUUAUCGAUGGUUCAAUUAAGAUGCCUAUGGUAAUGAGAGACAUGCUGUUGAAAUUGGUCGAAGAAAACCCAGCUCUUGUCAAUCAACUUCAUAUUUUAGGAUAUCUCAUCAUGGGUGACAAAGUUAGCUUAAUGGAUAUGGAUAUCCCUGAUGGAUACGUGACAAGAAUUCGUCGUACGAAACAAGUAGCAUAUCCUGACAGUAGCAAGAAUUUCAUAGUGCGUAUUGGCCCAUUAUUAGAGCUGGCAGCCAUUGGAAAAGAAAUUGUCGAAGAUACCUAUAAAAAUUUCAGUAACAAUAUGAUUCCGUUGUCGGCAGCUGCAGAUGAACAAGAAAAACUGGUCAUCCACCUCGUCUAUCUGGAUUAUCAUCAUUCGCAUUAUCAUCAUCAGAAUCAUCAACAUCAUCAUCGUCAAACAAACGCCAAAACACUGGUAGCGCGACAUCCAGCUCAUAGUCUCACCUUUGAAUAUACCUUUAUAUCAUAGUCUUAUCAAUUUUUUAAUAAUAUAAUGUAAAAAGUAGCAGUUUACGAAAAACAACGUUUAUUCCUUCCCCCUUUAUCUGUAUAUUAUUUCAUGUAUCUUUUGUUGAUACAUGUAUAUCCAAUUAUCAAAAAAAAUAUGAUGGGAGAAUGAUAAAAGAAAUAACUGUACAAAAUAGAAAUUUUUUAUGGAG